UGUACCCUUAGCAAGCUAGCUUGCUAAGCCCCUCAAAAUUAAAAGAAGCGGCCAUCAAAAGUGACAAAUAUAAGCAAGUAGCAAGUGAAGGAGUGAGUAGUGGGAAAUGGGAAACUGCUUGUUCGGAGGAGGGUUGGGAGAGGGCGAUGAUGGAGUAAUAAAAGUGGUAACAUCCAACGGUGGCAUAAUGGAGUUGUUGUCUCCCAUAACAGCAGGAAGCAUAACCAGUGAGUUUCCAGGGCAUGGCAUUUUCCGAAGCCAUGACCUCUUCUGGAAGCCUCUGUCCCAGCACGAAGACCUUUUGGCUGGACAAUCAUACUACCUGCUCCCACUCCACACCCCUACUGCUGGAGGUCCUCAUGAUCAUGACGAUGAUGAUGACCAAAUAGAAAUAUUAGGUGGCCAAAUCGUGAAGCAAGGCCAUGUUAGAUCCAACAGCAUUCCAACUGCUUCGCUGGCUGCUCCCUACAGGAUGUCACUGGACUACCACUAUCAGGGGAUGCUGCUGAGGAGGUCCUACACCGAGCCCUUUUCCACUUCCAGGCCUCAUAAUAUGAAUCCAUUCCCGUUUUGGAAGGUGAAGUUGGUCAUCAGCCCCGAACAGCUCUUGGAGAUUUUGUCGCAGGAGGGCCCAACCCAGGAAUUGAUUGAGAGCGUCAGGACGGUCGCCAAAUGCGGAAGUAGUGCAGCACUGUCUGCUGUUGCUUUUUCUGAUCACUGGAGCCUCUCUAGUAGUAGCUGCAGGAAUACUUCUUCUAAAACUGAUUGCUUGCUUGACAUAUAAAACACACUCUUUAACACGCCCUUAUUUUCUCUACCUUAACUCUCUCUCUCUCUCUCUCUCUCUCAAAAAAAAAAAAAAAAAAAAAAGUUAGGUUUGUAUGUGUUUUAUGUAAGAAUUAGCGUAAGUUUCUCUUGCUCCAUUAAAAAAAAAGAAAAGAAAAAAGGUGUAAUUUUCUCAUAUAUCUAUACAUAUAUAUGGGGUAGUAUUGAUUAUUGUAUGUUUA